AUGCGUACACUAUACUGGCUCGUCUUGCAAUUGAAUACCGGUCUUGUUCUAUCCGGCAUUAUCCCGCCGAAUGAACGUUGCGUCAAGGCCAUUUACACUGCAUAUACCUAUAUUACAUUUGGUGGAAGUUCUGCAGUUGGCGUCUGGGAAACUCGUUGUCAGAAUCCAUUGAAAGUCACAUCCAUUUAUGCCGCCUCUCAGGUGUACUGCCGCCCGUCAGAGCGAGCCCCAGGCCUUUCCCAAUUGGCUACCCUCUGCCAACAAGCCGGCCAACUAGAGCUGAUCCCCCAGGAACAGCUCGCCAAAAAUUUAACCAAUGAUGCGAUUACACACAUGCGAGUUGUUGACUAUCAGGAACUUCCUAGCACUCUGCAUGUAGAUUCUCCCGUUCUCUUAUCCUCGUCGCAUUUCGAUCGUACUUAUCGGACAAUUGAUACUUGGGAGUACGAGACAUGGACACAUUUCGCAUAUGGCUUUGCUGGUUAUCGGGUCUUCUCGGACAACAUCUAUCAUACGAUUAUUUUUGAAGAACAUGAAUACUGGCUUUACUUGUGGCCUGUUAUUGGUGUCUGGGGAGUUGAUCGAGUCUUACGUUUAAUUCGCCUUAUUUCCUGCAACCUCCAUGUCCGCUUCCAUUCUGGAAAGGGAAUCCAAUAUACUCGCAGUUUGGCCACUUACGACGAGAAAGCUGAUGUGAUUCGGCUGGAGAUGAUGCCUGCAUCCUCAUUCAUCUGCCCAACUGCCGGACAGUUUUACUAUUUAUACCAGCCUUUCCGAUUUACGGGAUGGGAGAGCCAUCCAUUUACCCUGGGAUAUUGGUCAUCUGAGACGGAGUCUAGUCCGUCUUUUUUGUCGUUAAUACGCGGUUCAAAAGACCACCAGUCUAUAGAUGUCACCCAGGUUCCUCUGCUCUCUGACGCCUCUAGUUCCGAAUUACAGUCCAUUGAGGGAUGCUCACAAGACAGCACCCCGCCGCAGCUUAGAUUGAUCUUUUGGAUUCGGCCCUAUGAUGGAUGGACGCGCUCUCUCCGUCAACAAUGCAAGCAAUGUCCGGACGGGGCCCUCAGUACAACAAUCCUCCUAGAGGGUCCAUACGGUGAACAGUUCCCCUUGUGGAAGUAUGAGUCAGUUCUUUUUGUUGCAGGUGGGACUGGAAUUGCGGCAAUCUUACCGUAUAUUCAAGACCACGUUGAUCGGUCUGCUGCCCCAGGCGAGCCCACCACCCACAUCCAAGACAUCCAGCUAGUCUGGACAACACGCCAGCUAGAUUUUGUGCGUCAGAUUGCAUCCGUCGAGCUGAGUCCAGCUCUCUCUCGAUAUGACUUUCAUGCUUCGUUCUACAUCACAUCAACAGGCAAUAACAGCGAUAGCGUGGAUGCAGCCAAUCCAUACUCCCCCAUGCAGAAUAACAGAAUACCAGAUAAGGAUUUUGAAAUGCACCGAGGCCGACCCGACCUCCAAUCUUGCAUUCUCGCCCACGCGCAUGAGGCGCAACUUAGGAAUUGCUCGGCUGUUGUGUUAGUGUGCGGACCGCCCACAAUGGCAGACGAGGCUCGAUCUGCUGUGCAUCUGGCCAUGCUGCAGGGCUACCAAGGGAUUCGAUAUGUCGAGGAAUCAUUCAGCUGGUAA